UGUUGCGAGAUGACUUCAGACAGAAUCCAUCUGAUGUGGUGGUGGCAGUUGGAGAGCCAGCAAUACUUGAAUGUGUCCCUCCCAGAGGUCAUCCUGAACCCACCAUCUUCUGGAGGAAAGACAAAGUGCAAAUCGAUGACAAGGACGACAGGAUAACCAUCCGAGGAGGGAAGCUCAUGAUCUCAAACACAAAAAAGAGUGAUGCUGGCAUGUAUGUGUGUGUGGGCAAAAACAUGGUUGGAGAGCGGGAGAGUGAGACGGCUCAAGUAACAGUGUUUGAGCGACCAACCUUCCUUCGGAAGCCAAUCAACCAGGUGGUCUUAGAAGAGGAGCUGGUUGAGUUUCGAUGCCAAGCACAAGGAGACCCCCCACCAACUGUUCGCUGGAGGAAAGAUGACAUUGAUGUUCCUCGUGGGAG